AUGCGCGCCCAGGGCGCGGGCUGCCCCGCCGCGCUUCUGCUGGCCGUCGGCUGGCUGCUCCUGGCCGGCCUGCAGCCCUCGCGUGGGGCCAAUGUCACCGCUCUCCAGGAUCCUGGCGGAGUCCGCGAGGGCGAGGACGAGGGCGACACCGAGACCUACGAAGAGGCGGAGAACGACAGCGAGGAGCCAGAGAGCGACGCCUCGGCUGAGGCCGAGGAGGAAGGUGAGGUUCAGAACAGGACAGUAGUCAAGGAAGUAGAGUUUGGAAUGUGCACAGUCACUUGUGGUGUUGGUAUUAGAGAAGUUAUUUUAACAAAUGGAUGCCCUGGAGGUGAAUCCAAGUGUGUUGUUCGGGUGGAAGAAUGCCGUGGACCUGUAGAUUGUGGCUGGGGUAAACCAAUUUCUGAAAGUCUUGAAAGUGUUAGACUGGCAUGUGUUCAUAUAUCUCCUGUAAAUCGUUUCAAAUAUAUGUGGAAACUUCUAAAGCCAGAUCAACAACCUGUUAUACUUGCAAAUGACUCCGCCAUCCUGGAAGUACAAAGAGAAAUUCAUCCUAUGGCUUUCGAGUGUGACACCCUGGAAAAUAAUGAAAUAAUAGCUUCUGUUAAAUUCACAAUCUACACAACAAAUGAAUUGCAGAUGAGAUCAAGCCGACCAGACACUGAUGCAGUCCUAGUUUUUGUGUUGACCAUAGGAGUCAUUAUCUGUGUAUUUGUGAUUUUCGUAUUGAUCUUCAUCAUCAUAAAUUGGGCGGCAGUGAAGUCUUUCUGGGAAGUGAAAGCCUGUACUACUGAGGUACAUUCUGAACCGGGUUCUAUGAGGUACAAAAACUUGACGUCUCUUGACCAGUCACCAACAGAAAUACCUGGACGUGAAGAUGAUGCUUUAAGUGAAUGGAAUGAAUGAUGUAUGGAUGAUGUAUGAGAAACCAGAGAUGAUUAGAACAUAUCGGAUUCAUUAUUAUAAGAAUAAAGUAUAUACUG